AUGAGUCGACAGUGCUACACCUCGGGCUCCAUCCUGGGCCGACGGGGCUUCUCCUCGGCCUCGGCCGUGUGCGGGCUGGGCCGCGGCAGCGCCGGCUCGGCCUCGGCGUGCCAGCCCUCGGCCCGGCGCUGCGGCCUGGGCGGCUUCAGCAGCCGCAGCGUCUGCGACCUGGGCCGGGGGCAGCGCAUCUCCUUCGGCGGCGGCUGCCGCGGGGGGGUCCUGGGCGGCCCCGCCGUCGGGCGCUGCGGCGUCGCCUUCGGCCCCCCGGGACGCUUCGGCGUGGGCCCCGUCGUGGGCUUCGGCGGCUGCGCCGGCGGCUUCGGCGGCCUGGGCGGCUACCGCGGGCUGGGCGACGGCGUGGCCGUGGGGGGCUACGGCGGAGGGCUCGGCGUGGGCCUGGGCGUGGGCACGGGGCGCUCCGAGGGCAUCCGCGGCGUCAGCAUCCACCCCGAGCUGCUGAAGCCCCUGUGCGUGGGCGUGGACCCCGAGGAGUGCCAAGUGAGGACCCACGAGAAGGAGCAGAUCAAGAACCUCAACAACCAGUUCGCCUGCUUCAUCGACAAGGUGAGGCUGCUGGAGCAGCAGAACAAGGUGCUGACCACCAAGUGGGAGCUGCUGCAGCAGUAUGUCCUGCCAGCCUCCCGCAGGAACCUGGAGCCCGUGUUCGAGAACUUCAUCUGCAACCUGAGGAAGCAGCUGGAAUGUGUGAUGGGGGAGAGGGAGCGGCUGGAGAACGAGGAGCGCUGCCUGCGGGACCUGGUCCAGGAGUUCAAGUGCAAGUACGAGGAUGAGAUCAACAAGCGCACGGCGGCCGAGAACGAGUUCGUGGUGCUCAAGAAGGACGUGGACUGUCUGUACCUGACCAAGGAGGAGCUGGAGGUGCGGGUGGGGCUCCUGCGGCAGCAGCUCGAGUUCCUCAAGUGCAUCUACGCCGAGGAGAGAGCCCAGCUGGACUGCCAGCUCUGUGACACCUCGGUCAUCGUGCAAAUGGACAACAGCCGCGACCUGGACAUGGAGGGCAUCAUCAAGAGCGUGGAGUGCUGCUACGAGGAGAUCGCCCAGAAGAGCAAGGCCGAGGUGGAGGCUUUCUACCAGACCAGGCUGGAGGAGCUGCACAGCAGCCGGGGCAAGUUCUGUGACGACCUGAGGAACAACCAGAGCGAGAUCGCGGAGCUGAACAGGAUGAUCCAGAAGCUGCAGUGCGAGUCCGACAACGUGAAGAAACAGAUCUCGGCCCUGCAAACAGCCAUCUGCGACGCCGAGCAGCGCGGGGACUGCGCCCUCAAGGACGCGCGGCAGAAGCUGGUGGACCUGCAGACGGCCCUGCAGCAGGCCAAGGACAAGAUGGCCUGUCUGCUCAGGGACUACCAGGAGCUGCUCAACGUCAAGCUGGCCCUGGACAUCGAGAUCGCCACGUACAGGACGCUGCUGGAGGGAGAGGAGAGCAGGAUAUGCACCGGCAACCCCGUGAGCGUAGCCGUGGUGAGCGGCGGCGGCACGGUCGGGGAGUGCCGCUCGCUGUCGGGACUCGCCGGGAAAUGCUCCGUCAAGGCCGGCGGGGCGGGCGCGGGGCUGGGGCUGGGGCUGGGGCUGGGCCCGUCCUUCGCGGUGGGCACUGCGGGCUUCAGCGCCCGCAGCGUCGACUGCCUGCCCAAGGCGGGCGGCGGCUUCGGGGCCCGCAGCGCCGCGGGCUGCGUGGGCAGGGAGGUGAUGCCCGGCGUGGAGAGCGUCCAGUGCGCCCCCGCCGUGGGCAACCUGGGCAACCUGGGCAACCUGGGCGGCGUGGUGUGCGCCGGGGUGGAGCAGUGCGGGCCCGGCGCCGUCCUGCUGCCCGGCGCGGGGGUGUGCGGGGCGGGCAGCAGGUUCGGCACGGCCGUGCGCGUGGUCAGAACGACCCGGUAGAGAGUCCCCCCCCCACACCUCCCUCCUCGGCGCGUCGCCGUUGGAAAAAAUAACCAGCAUUUCUGCAGGAAAAAGAAACAAAACAGUGUUCCCCCCCUCUCCCUCUCCCUCUCCCCCCCCCGACAGCUCCGGGCAUCACGCACCGUGCGCUCCGCGGGGCGCUCUGCCACGAACUCCCUGCAGGACCAAAAACCCGCCCUCCCUCUCGUGUCCUUAGUGCGGGAAAGUCCCCCCCAAACCGCCCCCCCCCCCCGCGCCCUGAGCCGGGUGAGGUUUUCAUUUCAGAGCCCAUCCCUGUCUCCGCGCAUCCCCGCGGCUCCCGAGCGGCCCUGCCCCGCAUGACCCCUUCCCCCCGGGGACUUGCUUUCCCCGACGCAGCUCUUGCAAAAGGAUGAGAAAUUUGCUCAUCCCCGACUUCAGAGAGAGAAGCCACAGUUUAAUUGUCCGAGACGAAGCUGCAGCUGUAAUUUAACUCCUUUAAUGACGGCAGAAAAGCCAAUUUUUCCUGUUUACCGGAGGGUUGGUAACACUUAUGUAAAUUGGUCCGAGUUGCUCCACCGGGUUUGGCAGAGCAGAGUUUAAUUACAGCCCGAGGAGCACCUUAUAUUUCUGUAGGUUAAUGCAUGAGUUGUUUUUCCUGUGUGUACCAGACAGAUUUAAAGCUUUUCAUGUGUAAGUGAACAGAGUUGAUUACCCUUCGCUUACUCCAGCCUUUCAGCUGUGCCUUCA